GGCUGAAACCUUGACUUCUGCACGCCAGGACUGCAAGCGUGUGACGCCAGCGAGGGGGAGCAGCUCCUGGUCUUCCGCUGUCCGAGGAAUGGCCACAGGGACAGACAGCAACUGCCCCAUCUGCCAGGAGACUUGGGAUGACAUGGCUUCAGCUCUGCCCUGUCGCCACCAGUUCUGCCUGGGUUGCAUUCUGCGGUGGGCCACAACGAACCCCUCGUGCCCACUCUGCAGAACACUGAUAGAGACCGUCAGGUUUUCUGAGCGGGGCGAACAGGACUACGUACAGUUUGUCAUCACCUCCCCUGCCGAGCCAGCAGAGACCAGCAGCCAACCAGAGAGAGCUCCCCAUCACCUGGACCAGAACAGCCUCCAUGGCCCUGUGGUGUCCCCUGCACCUUCUGCACAGGGCACGCUGAUCCCAGCUGAGCAGAGGCCUCCAGAGCCGGAGCCUGUGGGCGGCCUCCUGCCCGAGGUGUGGGCAGGACUGUUCCGACAGCGACAGCACCUGCUGGAGCCCGUGCGGCCCUGGCUGCGCCGGAGGCUGCAGGGAAUAUUCCGGGACCGCUGGUGGCUGGCAGAGGUUGCGGAGAGCUCCGUCCUGCGCGAGCUCUGCCUCCACGGCCCGGAUGCGGCGAUCCUGGUCCUGAGGCUGCGGCACUACCUGGAGGAGCACACAGCGCCGCUGGUUCGCAGCCUCAUCGGCGUCAUCGCGGGCCGCUGCAGCAAGGAGGCCAAGCGGCGGCUGCGCUCCCGGGACAGCGGGGAGGACAGCGGCUCCAGCAGCUCCAGCUGCACCGGCUCCCGGGACAGGACUCCUGACCGCGGCCCCGCAGGCUCCGGCGUGCAGGAGGAAGCUGGAACAUCGCAGAGCAGCCUCCAGGACAGCCACAGCUGCGCCCGCCCUGUGCCCGGCCCCGCAGAGCGGGAGCGGCCCCGGAGGAGCCGGCGGGGGACAGGUCCCUCCGCCCGGGGCUGCGUCU